AUGCCCGUCAUCUUCCCUGACGAGCUCGAGGGCGGCCUCAUCGGCCGCAAUACGGCCGCUAGGAACCUCGUCUCGAACGCUCUGCGACAAGCCGGUAUCGACCAGAACUCGCGCUUGCUUUCUCGCAGUGGCAGCGGGUCGAUCCAGCAGCAGAGGCUCUACAUGGAUCAGUACGCGCCCGACGAGGACGGCUUUAUGCACCACCGCACGCUCGAUGCGAAGACGGGCCACACGCACGACGAUGUCAAGAGUCUGUUCUAUAACCCGGACGCGCCGGCUGACAAGCGCAUCGCCCGAGUCUCAACGAACCAUGACCAUCACCAGGGCUCGCUCAUCUUCAAGGACAAGAAGGUAGACCGUAUCCUUACGCCGGCUACAAGCGACACGGACGACGAGGACGAGCCGCUUCGCCAGAAACUUCCGUUCGGAAGUCUCGGUCUCUCGGGCCCUUCUUCUGCGGGUCUUCCCGUCUUUGCCGCUCCUGCGCCCGUCGACCUUCACCCCGAGGGAACGCCCAAGACGCUAGACGACUUGCUCGACAUCCUGCGCCAGCACAGGCCGGGCAAGAAGAUCAUCGAGAUCGCGGGAGACAUCGACAUCAAGGAGACGUUCGUUACGACGGCAAUCAUCCACGUCCACGGCAUUGGACCCGCUCGUCGUCCCGUCCUCGCCGUCUUGUGCAGGCGUCUUCCGAACAACCACAUCAUUCUUGCGCACCCGGACUGGCAGCUCGGCGACAGCAGUCCGACCGACAAGGUCCUACUCCUGAAGAUCACCAAGCAGAUCCAUGUCCACAUCCAGUUCAAGCUCGAGAUCCGGGUGUAG